AUGAAAAAAUAUGAUUAUGAUGAGCUUAUGGAGUUAACAAAAGAAUAUCGCGAGACAUUUGAUUCUCUGUACAAGCUACACACACAGAAUGAGGGUGAUAUUGAUAUAAUUUACCAACUUGUGGAAAAUAAUUUGAUCAAAACAGAAUAUUUAACACCAUCGGAAGUUUUACGCAAGAUUUCGUUUAUAUCAAUAUGCAAUAAUCGCUACAUUAAAUCAUAUUGGAUUCUUUUCAAAAAGAUAUUUGAAAAAUAUCAUCCAAGAGAAGUUUCAGGAAUUGAAAUAAUUUUCAAUUAUUUUGCGUAUAAGGAGUAUGGAAUCAUUUUAGAUAAAUCUCAAAAGGAAGAUAUCAAUUUUAAACAAUAUUCUUUGAAUUUUCAUGAAGAAGACCAAAUCCUCAGAUCAAUUGUCAAUGAUGAUAUAAAAUCACUUAUUCCUUUGAUAGAGAAUGAUCCUACUUAUUAUUUUCCAUUUGACCUGCUUCCAGAUCGUGAAUAUUUUUAUUCUCCUGAUUCAAUAACAAUGCUAUCAAUAAUUGAAUUAUGCUGUUACUAUGGUGCAGUUGAUUGUUUUAAGUUUUUAAGAACAAAAUUCAAUACACAAAUCACAAAACAUUGUCUUUAUUACUCAUUUUUAAGUGGAAAUCUUGAUAUCAUGCAUUUGUGCUUGAAAGAACAAAAACCCGACUAUAAAUGCAUGAAAUACGCAAUAAUUUCGCGAAACAUUGAUUUCGUUUCAUUUUUAAUGAAUGAGUACAACAUAAAUAUCAAUCUUGAAUACUGUGUAGAGUAUAAUAAUCUUCAUGCUUUCUUUGUGCAUUUAGAUAUAUACAAAAAAUUAUAUAAAUGCUUUGUUUAUUCCCCUCGUUUUGGUAUUCCAUCUCUUUGUGAAUAUUUCAUUACGCGUGGUGUUGAUGUCAAAGCAAGAGCUAAAAAAGGUAUAGCAGCUCUCCAUUCUGCAGCUUUAAAUAAAAAUAAAAGAACUGCAGAAUUUCUUAUUUCUCAUGGCGCAGAUAUUUUUGCAAAAGAUAAAAAACUCAGAACUCCUUUUUAUUAUGCAGCAUGUAAUAAUAAUAAAGACACUGCCGAACUUCUCAUCUAUCCUCAUUGUAAUGAGAUGGAUAAGUAUCAAGAAAAACCAAUUGAUAUUGCAAUACAAAAGAAUUACUCCGAAAUUGUAAAUCUUCUUAUUUCGCACGGUAUAAGGUCGCCAAAAAAAGUGCGGAAAUUAAAAACCGCAGUUUGA